AAACUUCUACCCCUUCGUUUCGAGCUUUUGAAUCUCCAAGCCAGGCCCAGCUAUACUUCCAGCACCCUUGCUCCUGCGCAUUCUUUCCCCACUCUUUUCGAUGGCUCUCAGCACUCCCUCCAAGCUGAUAGUCGCUAUUGAUACCGGCAGUACAACCUUCACGGUAGCAUACCGAUGGAGCGGCAAAACAGUCACAUAUCUAGUGAACGAAUGGCCCGGAUACGUUCCACAAUCAAGAGACAUGAGCGGAUCAGCCCCACCCACAAUACUGUACUUUCCACAUGGAAGAGAACCACCAUGGCAAAGAGAAGUUGAUAUGGAAGAGGACACCUCAGAAGACUUCGAUCUGAGAAGAAAAGUCGUCAAUUUCAAAUCCGGUCUCGACAUCAAGAACGGUCCUUCCUACGAGGUUCUCAAUGCAACAGCUCGAUACAUCGGCACAAGUGUUGAGAACUUUGCUCAUACUUUCACAGACCUCCUUUUGAACUAUCUAUUCUUCGAUGACCAACCUUUCUUUUGUGAGUAUCUUCAAGGAGGUCUGAAGAUAGAGGACAUCACUCUCGUAUUUGCGAAGCCUCCAGGCUGGGCAAUAUCAACCUAUGAUUCCUUCAGACUUGCUGCUUUGUCUCUUGGUUUCAGCAACGAACAGAUCAAGUUCAUUUCGGAGACUGAAGCACUGAUGCGAGCGUUCUUUUCAACGAAGGUGACAGAAUCAGAGAUUUCUAAACUGCUCCAAGUUUGCCCCUUUCAAAAACAAGAAGCUGUUUUAAUUUGACUAGGUUGGCGACCUCCUGUGUAGUGUAGAUUGUGGUGGGUGGACAGUCGAUAUUGAUGGCUAUGUCAUAAAUGAAUUCGACAUAAAUAACCCCUCCAAAACUGGCAUCAAGUCAGUGAAACCAAUGCCG